AUGAGUGUCUAUGUAUGGUGCUUCAUUAUCCCCCAGUUGGUCUUUCUGCUCUUUUCGCCACUGCUAAGAUCAAAGCCCAUCUUUCGAUGGUACUAUAGAGCGGUUUUCCACCCCAUUUUUGUCGACGUCAAUAGGUUCAGGUGGAAAUUUCGUACAAUACCUGUAUUUUACCUUUCUGUGUUCUUGUACUGCUCUGCACUAUUCUUCAAAGAUAUUGAGAGGCCUAUUCGCUCUGAACUGUAUUUUCUGGAGCGCUGGAUAGUUAUACCGUUAGCCAUAGUGACACCCCUUUUGUUGGGUGUGCUAACAAUGGCAAUACGACCAUUGACCUCUCGUGAUUGUCAAGCUACCGAGCCUUUCGACAACUUGAUUUUUCACCCAGGAUUGACGUGUCAAACGUGCAAGCUUCCAAAGUAUGCUAGAUCGAAGCAUUGUGCAAUUUGCAAUCAAUGCACGCUAAUGGCUGAUCAUCACUGUGUUUGGGCAAAUAAUUGUAUUGGAUUGGGGAACUAUCAGUACUUUUACCUGUUCUUGGUUGCAAAUGUGUUUGUCACAAGCUAUGGUUUCCUACGGCUUCUACUGUUGAAAGGUUCUUUCAGGUCUCGCUCGGUACUAGUAUUAUCAAUUUUACUGGGGUGCUUCUCAGUUAUCUUAGUGAUUUUUACGUACUUCCAGGUGGCACUUGUUCGUGAUGGAAUGACUAGUAGCGAAGAGUCCAAAUGGCUUGUGGUGCAUGAUAUGUUGAACCAGGGCAACUUGGUGGUGGACCAAGCUGGGAAAUACUACUACAAAGUUGAGCGAGAUGAUCCUGAAACCUUACUGUAUCCCAAAAGAUUUGAUUACUACUCCACAAAUGCGUACGACGACCGCGUUUACAAUGUGCAAAGCCCUAUGACAGUGCAGGACGCUAGACAACUCACGAAUAUCUACGACAGGGAUGGGUUUUGGGCAAAUCUCAGUGCUAGAAUUAAAGCAUGA